AGUGCCUUCUGCUAUGUGAAGAUAAGAUAUGGAGGAGACCUUAGGAAAUGACAGAGGACGCAAAAAUCCACUGGGGCGCCAGAGUCCAGGGCUUUGCCCGACUCCCCCUCCUCCUGCUGGGGCUCAGGGUGCGGCGAGAAGGGGGAUCGUGAUCCAGCUGACUGGCACUGAGGGCGAGUGGGACAGCCUGGAUGACAACGAGCUGAUCUUUAGCCUGGAGCGAGACCAGGAUGGCACCGGCGGCCCUCUGCCCAAGCAGCGGUCCUGUCCCGAGGAGGACGACUGGGGGCUGCGCUCGCCGGCCUUCCACGUGCCGCUCUCGCCCUCCUCGCCCGGCUCCCUGGCGGACAUCUCCUCGUCGCUGCCCAGCUUCCUCUCGCCCGGGCAGGCCUCGCCCACGCACAGGCCCCUGGUCAACCUGGUCAAGUCGCUGUCCACCGAGCUGGAGCUCAAGGAGACCUCGUCGGCGGCGGCGUCCCUCAAGCCGCGGCCCUUCCUCAGCCUGGUCAAGUCCAUCUCCACCGAGAUCUCCCGCAGCGAGCCGGAGGUGUCCCAGUCGCGCUCCGACUCGCGGCUCAACCUGCACCUGCUCCGGCAGCUGACCCAGUCCAAGGACUCCCGCACCGCGCCGCCCUCCCCGGUCAACCUCUCGCCCACCGGAGAGCCCAAACCGGGCUUCUUCAAGACCGAGCUGGAGGACACCCGCAGGAAGCUCCACGAGGCCAUGCAGGAGCCGCUCAGCAUGUUCAGCAAGAUCAUGGGCGACGACAGCGGCAGCUUGAGCGGCAGCCCCAAGCACCAGCGGACGGCCAGCUCCGUGGACUCCCCGAGCCACAAAGGCUUCUACGCCGUCAUCGGCAGGUCCACCGGGGAUCUGACCGCGACGGACUCCCAGGCCAGGAGCUCCAAGCCGCCAGAAGGCGACUUCAACCUGCCUGUCUGCAACUGGCCCGUCAAACACGCCAAGAGGAAGAGGUCCUGCUGCUCCCGCAGGCACUCCGGGCGACUGAAGGACCUCAGCCCGUCUCUGGAGCUUUGCCCCCACACGGGUGGCAUCAUGCAGGUCAUGGGGAUGCCAGGGAGCCACCAGACCACUACGGUGCCAGCCACGGGGCUCUACUUCCUGGCCGCCCUGUUUUACUGCUACUUCAUCCUGCCUUUGACCACGUACAUGUCCGGCCUCUGCCUUGGCAUGAUCUUUGGCUUCAUGCUCGGACUUCUGGUCAUCCGCCUGGGCAUGACUAGACAGACCGUUCCACCUUACACACGCAGUGCAAACCAAAUCGACUACAGUCGUCCAGCUGACCUCCAAGGAGAUCCACCCUGCCUAAAGGGCUGGAUGAACGAAAUGUACACCUACGACCCCGACUACUACCAUCCGUCCCUCACAAACUCCGUCUUCGUGUCGCUGGAGGGCCAGGGCCUGAGGAUGGACUACCCCCGCCAGAGCAUCAAGCGCCGGGCCACCUUCGACGAGCAGCCCCAGGAGUCCACUUUUGUCCGGUCACGCAAGGUCCAGCUAGCCGGCAGCAAGGUGUUCCUGCUUCCGGCUGCUCUGGCACGCAAGCGGGUGUGGAAUCAGAAGUACCCCAUCUGCAUCACGCUGGCCGAGGGCGAGCAGCCUGUGACUGAGGAGCUGAGGGACGAGGCCCCGACCGGAGAGGACCGGCCUGUCACGCUCACGGCGGCAGCCAGACCCAAACCGGGCCGUCACGCCGUCACGCUGUACCUCUUCGGCCGGACGGGCCGCGAGAAGGAGGAGUGGUUCCAUCAGCUCCGGGCAGCCGCCUCCAGGGCUGACCAUCAGGACCGGCUGAGCAGAUGCGGCUCCAGAUCCGACGUGUCAGUGCCUCACAUAGAGAGCCCCGGUAGCCCGGUGCAGUCGAGCCGCGUGUCCAGCCGGGGGAGCACCGAGGACCUGGCCUCCGUGCUCCUGGCCAGCCGCGUGCGCGGCAACAUCCUGCUGCAGGACUACACCUCCUACAUGGGCACGCUCCUCCGGUCCCAGGGCCCCAGCCCUGCAACCAGCCCCGGGCCCAGCAGCACCCAGGCCAGCCCCACAGAGAAGGACGCGUGCUGUCACAUGGACUUCCCUCCUGCCUGGAUCAAUGCCCUGAUUGGCCGGAUCUUUUGGGACUUCCUGCGGGAAAAGUACUGGACUGACAUGGUCUCGCACAAGAUUCAGAAGAAGCUGAGUAAAAUAAGGUUGCCUUACUUCAUGAAUGAGCUGACACUCACUGAGCUGGACAUGGGCUCCUGCAUGCCUCAGAUUAUCAACACGUAUGAGCCCCGCUUCAACAGCCGAGGCUUGUGGCUUGAGCUGGACAUGGAAUACACCGGAACUCUGCAGAUGACCCUGGAGACCAAGAUCAACCUGGCCAAGCUGGGCAAGGACAGCCUGGAGCCCGACCGUGUGGUGGAGACAGCACGAGCAGGGUGAGGGAGCCAGAGAGCCACAGGGCCAUGCAAGUCCAGGCUGUGUGUCCUGGCCGACAGUGACGAGGAGUCGUCCAGCGCUGGCUCGACUGACGAGGAGGAGGCGCCGCUCCCCGAGCCGCAGUGGCCCCUGGGUGAGAAGGGGAGUCCAGGCAGCACGGAGGGUGCGGCUGCCAGUGGUAGGACGGGCCGGAGGAUUUUGAGAUUUGUCGACAAAAUCGCUAAGUCUAAGUACUUCCAGAAGGCCACGGAAAACGAGUACAUCAAAAAGAAGAUUGAGGAGGUGUCCAACACGCCCCUGCUGCUCACCGUCGAGGUCCAGGAGCUGUCUGGGACGCUGGCCGUCAACAUCCCGCCUCCCCCCACAGACAGGAUUUGGUACAGCUUCUGUGACCCUCCUCGGCUGGACCUGAGGGUGCGUCCGAAACUGGGCGAACGGGAGGUGACCUUCUGCCACGUGACCGAGUGGAUCGAGAAGAAGCUGCAAGACGAGUUUCAGAAAGUGUUUGUGCUGCCCAACAUGGACGACAUCUACCUGCCUCUCAUGCACUCUGGCAUGGACCAUGCCACUGGCACGCAGGACCUCCCUGCCGCCUCGUCUCCGCACAGCUCCUCCAUGGAGUCCAUCGAGCGGAUCCCCCCGGAGUCCUCCAUGGAGUGGGACUAGCGCCUCCCUGUGGACGCCCGUGGAAGUGCAGUGCUUUUGUCAGUGUUAACCAUGUUGCAAGUGAAGUGCAACCUCGCCCCAGCCAGACGUGUGGUAGCUGCCAGUGUGCUGUGCCCAAACGUGUUGUCUUUAGAGCCUGUUGCAGUGUGGCUCAUCGUGCUCUAGUUAAUGGCCUCUGUUUAAGCAGGAUCAGCAGUAGCUUACUGAAUAUCAAUCAAAGAAGCCAGUGGCGGCUGUGACAAGUUUAUUCUCCACACAUCUGGGUUUAUUACUAAUGGGUGUGAGGAAGUGGGGAGAUUUAGUAGCUACAGGAACCAUCGCUCUCAUCCAUGCUUUAUAUGUCGUGUUGCACAAAUUGCUAUGUGAACAGACGGGAAUG